AUGCUUAUAAGACGGCGAUGGAUGAUUUCUGACACCUCUUCCAUGUCUUCCCUCGCCGGUAUGCUCGAACCCGAGAUUCUGACCAACAUUGCCCGCACUCUUCGGAUUUCAAAAUCUACGCAGCUCGCCGGGUUCAUAACCCUAGUAUAUGAUCAUGUUCUAACGAUCGAUGACGAGAUGCAGGCGGAACGCAUCUGGAAGGAACGCUUAUCAGGAGCAUCACUUCUUUUCCUCCUCAACAGAUAUGUCUCCUUACUCCGAGCUAUUGUCGGUAUCGCAGCGUUUCACCACCCUCGGUGGGCAGGAGCCAUAUGCGACCAUGUUGUCCACUUCCUGGGCUCUUCGAGUGUUGUAGUCACGAGCCUAUGCGGAUUGCUUAUGAUAUUGCGAGUCUACGCCCUAUACCGGCGUUCAAAUACGCUCCUGGCCUUCCUACUCUCAAUAUGGAUCGCACAGCUCGUUGCGUCGGCAGUAGGUGUAAGUAAAGCCGAAGCCUUGCAACUUCCGCCCGGACCUGGUUUCGUCGGAUGCAUCUUGUCCGCGCCAAGCAAAUGGUUCGCCGUAAAUUGGGCCGGCCCACUCAUCUUGGACGGUACCGUCUUUUUUCUGACGCUCUGGCGCACACGCGAAUACAUUUUCUCCUCGGAUAGAAUACCAUUACUUCAUAUCCUAGUCCGUGACGGCACGCUGUACUUCUUGGUGAUCUUUUUGGUCAACCUUUCAAAUGCCUUCCUAUUCUUUUUCGCCCCUCAAAAUCUCAAGCCCGUUACUUCGCCAUUGAGUGUCAUGCUGACCUCAACUAUGGUUUCUCGCCUCGUCCUCAAUCUCCGAUCUGCUCCUUCUGCUGGGAUUAAUAUCGUCAACACGGCUGUAUUGCCUCGCCCGAACACAUCCAUCGUGUUCAGCACGAUGGCUACGCUUGCUAUUGGAAAUAUGGGAGAGGAUGGGGCCCUCGAAGGCAUCCAAGCCCGCCUCCGUCAGACCCUUGCAUCCCUCUCGCGGGUAUCUGAGACCCAUCUAAACGCGUGCCGACCUAUCCUGUAUCGUAACCUUUCUCUAAAGAACUCACGUUCAAACCACGAGACCAUCUCCCUUCUUCUCGACUCCUCCCUUGCUGUGAGUUGUGAAAGGUUGGAAUUGAUAACGGAUACCCCUCUGAAACAAGCAGCAUGGGUGCCGUUGGACGCCAUAAAGCACAUGGAGAACCUUCGAGUGUUGGUUCUGGGUGGUGCGUCACCGUUUCCUGACAGCGAACACCAGCAGGAAUUCGUCGGGGUCUUGUCGAAAUACUGCCCAAACUUGAAGGAGUUGGAAGUGAAUGUCAGUUCACAGCACCCGAGGUUUGAUAUUGAGCCGUUGCAGGGGGACUUCGGUAUAAAGGGUCUAACAAAGCUGAAAUGGCUGUGUACACGCGGUGUGUACCUCUGUCUUUCCAGCUGCUCUCCUGAGCGCUCAUUCCUCAUCGUCAGGGGUUCGUAUCGCAAGCAUGGCACUCCAUUUUCCCACCCAGCAUCUCGCUCUCUCCUUCAAGCAUCCAGAACGACGUUGACCCAUAUUUCUUUCCCCAAUGAAAUUGACGACUUCGAGGCUGCAAAUAUCGUUCAAUUCAGCGCCCUUCAUUUUCCGGUGCUCCAGUCAUUGGUUUUAGGACCUUGGCUCGAUGUCUUCACCGAGGAACCACCGAGCGCCCUGGUUCGCUUCCUCGCCGCUCAUCCAACCAUCACCGACUUCGACCUCGGAUACUUCUCAGACGAUGAAUUCCGUGCAGAUCUCGAGCCCGCUGCCCUUCAAGCCGCCACAACUCCCGUUCUUCCUGCUCUACGCCAUCUCCAUGCCCAUCCAUCGCCUAUUUGCGAUCUGGCCCGGCAUGCACCAUUGUGCUUCAAGUCGCUCACGUCUCUGGAGGUGGGAACCGGUCUCGAAGAAGACGUUCCAUACGAGUACCGCCAGCUUUUCACGGCUCUCAAGGCCAUCGGCGGCCUGCCAAACCUGAAGAGGCUUCGGUACUAUGUUGGCGAGUCGGAAGGAGACGACGUCAUGUGCAUGGAGGCAUUUUCGUCUCUUUGUCCCCUUUUGGAGGUAUGGGCGGGCGACCUCCCUUGGGAGUUGUUGGGACAUCUUUCGAAGUUCAAGAAUCUACGCGAGGUAUUCGUCAGGCGUACGACAAUACCCGAACCUUGCCGUCUGUCCGUCACCCAUGAAGCCACGAAUUUAGGAUCGAAGUGUCUACAGCUCUCAAAAUUUGUUGCUAGAUACACCGGAAUCCCAAGGGCAGUGUUCGUCGUCCGUAUUUCUCGAAAUUUGGAAGAGUGUAUUACGUCCACCAAUCUCAGUGAGGAGGAUCCUCUUCAGGCUCAGACGAUUGCACACCUCUGUGCUUUGGCCACUCCAGGCUCGACGUCAUUGGCCGACGACUCGGAGAUCACGGACAUGCGACAACAAGAUGGCAAGAAAGUCAUCGCGCACCAGGAAGUCUGUGAGGGUUCAAUCUGGAAUGCCAAUAUCCGCUUCGCCUCCCUCCUCAAAACACUUUGCGAGGACGAGGCCUAUACGAAGGCUAUUCAUCCACAAGUCAUGACGCAACUCCUGACUUGCAGAGUUGGCCGCACUUCCGUCUUCGAGGAAUACACAUGGUCGAAGCUGCCUGUCCCGUGGGUUAUCUACGAUCUGACCUUGAGGCCAGCACGUGUCCCAUGGGGAGUCUAUUUCGGAGGAGUGUUAGCUGGUGAGAUUGGGAGUGAUGAGAGAACCUUGGACGCAGCCGAUCCUAGAAAAGGCAAACGCUUCACGCAAAGCGAGGCGAGCCCAAAGCAAACCCUUCUCCCGAACCACUAUGUUGGCCAAGCUACACCUCGAGACACGGCGCACCCACUCAAGAUCAUCAAAAAGACUGACAAUGGUCGGAAAAGUAUAGAAUAUCUCUCUCCCGAAGAACUUCCUCUGAGGAGACGAGCUGUGUCUGCUGAAUAUUUCAACCAUGUUUACUAUCUGGAGCAUUGCCUUCCUUCCAUCCAACAAAUCGUCAAGAGGUUGCACGCUAUACGCGAGGAAUACGCCCUUUCUGCACGUGCAGUCAACAACGUCGCGAAUAACUCAGCCUACACAAUGGGGAAGCUAUCCAAAGUCUAUAUCCUAACGAAUGGUUGGCCAUCAUUCGUGAAUAGGCUAAGGGGCGAGCUGCUCAAAGACGGGUGGGAGGCGGUGUUUGGUACACUCGACAUGGAACGUGCGGUUCCGUGGUCGUCAUUCAAUGCACGCCACGAGGAUGACUCGUUGGCUUUGACGAAGGAAGAGCGCGGCGUCAGUGUUGCAAUCGACAUGGCACUUGCAGAGCGUGCGGAGGUUUUCGUUGAAAACGGGUCUGUCGGCCAACAUCGUUAUGCUGCGCGCAGCGAGAUCCUUUCCAACCUCUUGGAAUCGUCUGUUGUAGUCUGA